ACCAAAAAUCUCAACACCCAUCGACUUCAAAUCUUAAAACUGUGUACAAAUCUCUGUACUCUUAGUAUGACUCCAAAUUCGAUUUGAUGCUAUUGAAUGAUGAAAUUGGGCCAUAUUUUCUACUGGACCUGAGAUUGAAUUUGUCAUGGCUCUGUUCUACUUAUAUGCUUCAACAUUUGCAGUACCUGAAAAGCACAUAUACAUGCAUCCAUGUCGUAAAAGAAAUUGUUGUUCCUUUGGUAUUUACAGAGAGGUUGGAAAUCAAAAUUCUCAUUUCUUUGGGAAUUAGAGAGCGUACGGUAUAAAGAUUCUGGGUUCUGCAGCCUUACCUACUUUCUUCCUUGGCUCUGUGGGAGAUCGAUCGCCUCUGGGUGUUCGAAUGUCGAUGGGAAACGAUACCACUUGGGUAGGAAAGAAACCUCUGAGGCGCAUUGGAGGAAUGUCCGAUGCUCUCUCCAUUGCCGCUGAUCUCGGUUUCUCUGUCUCUCCUCCCCCUUCGCAGGAAGAACUACAAAACGUAUCAUCCACCACAGGUGAAAAUGGUGAUGAUCUAAUUAAAGUUUUACGAGAACUUACUGCCGUUCAAAGGAAAAUAGCAGAUCUUCAAGUGGAACUUCAAGGUCGUAAAGAUGACAAAAAUGUAGCCCAUUUGACACAUGUGAGUGAAAUGGAAAAGAAGAUCGAGACUUUAUCAAGGAUUACUACCAUUUUGAAAGAUGUCAUCCAGAAUAAGGAUCGUAUUAUAGCUCGUCUUCAGCAACCAUAUUCACUCGAUUGCAUUCCAGUAGAAGCAGAAUUUCAGAAACAAUUUUCCGAGUUACUGAUGAAGGCUGCCAGUGAUUAUGGAGCUUUGACAGCUUCAGUUGCAGAUUUCCAAUGGAGUCAGAACUUUAAGGAGUCACCUUCAGUGUGGGGGGAAAUGCUUAGGCCGAUUCCUGUAGCUUUAGCUUCUUGCACUAGAUUCUUUGAAGCCAUGAGUGCUAUGAGGGAAUCGUUUGCAACACUACAAAAUCUCAGAGUAGGUAAUUCCAAUUCAUCUCUGCCCACAACCCCACCUAUCGAUUCAUCCCUUCGAGUGGCACACGAUUCCGCCUGCAUCACGCCGCCUCCAUGGCGAACCGAAUGAAGCUUUGAUGACUUGGCGAUUAGAAGCAUGCAUAGGCAAAAAAAUGGACAACAACAAGAAGCCGAGGAGGAACACAGUGAGCAGGAUGACUCACAUCAGGUUGAUGCCUCGAGCCACCGAAGAUUGUCGUGGCCCCCUUCAGUUAAAAAGAGUGGCAUUUGAUAUUGAUAUUAAUAUUGUAUUCUGAUGUAGAAGAGUUCACUGUUUAUCGUUUUAUGUACAUGUAAAAUAUUAAUUAGAUUGAUCAUGAUGAAUAUUGUACACAAUUAUCAUUUUAUCAUCGUUGUUUAAUCGAGUGAUUUGUUAAA